GGCCACUGUCGGCAGACAGGAUACUGGGCUGGAAGGACCUUUGGUCUGACCCAAUACAGCUGUUCUUAUGUUCUCCGAAAACCAGGGGCCUGUGAAAAACCAAUUGUGCGGGUGUGUGUUACAUGGAUCAUCCUGUGCGUACACACACUCUGGACAUGAGAGAAACCCUGUCCAGCGGCAGGUGUCUACAUAGCAUAGGGCCAAUUCACUCGUCCCCAGCUGAACCUAGAGUAACUGCAGUGGAGUAAAUGGGGGUCAGCUAGUGUGAAUCUGGUGUCUAGCCUUGGAAGUGACAUACAGCAGGCUGAGUCUGAUUUCCAGACGGACAGAUGCACUGUGUAUAGGUUACAUAGCAUACUGGUGUGUAUCCUGUAAUCUGUACCUAGUCUUCUAGUUACUGUUUCUAAUAUAGAAUCUGUCUGAUUUAGAGUUCACUCCUGGGGGUGAUCCAAUACCCAUUGUCACUAGAUGGCGUGUUCCGUUAGACGCUAGCAUCAAGUACUAUCUGCAGUAACAUGCUGUGCUACGUGUUGAAAGGCCUGUGAUUUGUGCGUGUGUGAGAGAUGUGCCCCAUGCAGUCUGUAUCUGUCACCCUGCCCUUGUGUCAUGUUUUGUGCGUGUACAAUCUGCCUCCUUUGCAAGGCUCUGAUGAGAGGAGAUUAGGGAAGAAGACCAGAGGCUGGGGCAGGGGCCCUUUCCAUGGUGCACAUUCUCCAGAGGCCUUGUUGUUUGUUCCCGUGAUGGGGAGAGCCACCAUCCAUCGCCUUAACAGACAGCCUUAUUGCGCUGUCCUCCUGGGCUAUGCAUGUAUCUGUACCUCCUGGUGCUGGUGCCUCUGCUGCUGGGCACUCUGUGCCCCUAAAGGGCUCUGUGUGCUCCGAGCCCCAGGGCUGGGGCACACAUGGCAGAGCUCAAGUGGAGCCAACCUGUGGACUGUAUCUUGUAACUGACCUCUGAUGGUUAUGGGAAUUUGCCCCCAUAGCUGUUCCCCAGUCUGAGAUACCUCAUUCCUCUGUCCCACGUGGCCCUGGCUGUCUCCCUAGCUAAUGGACUGACAUUUGAGAAGUGGACGUUACUGAAGACUAGGGGGCAGGAAAGCAUCUGUUCCAAACCUGUGGGCUCCUUUCCCUGUAGAGACUCACAGCUGUUACUCCUGGGGGAUUUCUGCGUCAUUGGGCACAUGGAGAAAGAUGUCCCCCACAGGCUCUUUGCUCUCCCGUGGAAAAAUGGCAUCUGUGGGGAAGCAAAGAGAAGCUGCACCAGUGCUCGCUCACCCCUCCCCGGCAGUGCAGGCGUUUCUGUUCAGCCCAGAGGAAGAGGCUUGGACCAUGAGCAGGCCUUCUCCAAGAUCAUCGUGGAGCUGCGGAAGAAGCACCCAGGCCACAUCCUGCCGGACGAGGACCUUCAGUGGGUGUUUGUCAACGCAGGCGGGUGGAUGGGCUCCAUGUGCCUGCUCCACGCCUCGCUCACCGAGUACGUGCUGCUCUUCGGGACGGCCGUCGACACCGGGGGGCACUCGGGUCGGUACUGGACUGACAUUUACUACGCCAUCAUCUCAGGGACCUUCAGGCAGUGGAAGGAGGGGACAACCAGAAGUGAAAUCUAUUACUCAGGGGACAUCAUAGUGCAGAAAUCCGGAGAGGCCAUGGCUGUCCAGUGGAGUGCCGGCACCUGGAUGGUGGAGUACAGCAGUGGCUUCAUCCCCCCCUCGCUCGUGUUUGUGUUGGCUGACACCAUCUUCAGCACUCAGGACAUUGUCACCUUCUUCUACACCCUCCGGGUUUAUGCCAAAGCCUUACUCCUGGAAGCCGGUACCUACUUCAGCCAGCUGGCCCAGUGAGACCACCCUCCACAAGCACCAACAGAACCUCAAAGGAAGGGAUUCCUCACAGCUGUUACUCCCGGGGGAAUUGUGCACCACUGUGUGUGUGCAGAAACACGUCCCUGCGCAGCUUCUCUUUGCUUUGCUGCAGAAAAAUGGUUUUUGUGGGGAAGCAAAAAGAAGCUGCACCAGUGCUUACCCCUCCCCAGCAGCGUGGCUGUGUGUGUUCAGGCAUCCAGAGCAGCCGGGAGAGAGGUACAUCACUGUGGGGGAAGGGCAAGGGGGAGUCUGGGGGUGCCCUGGCCACCUAGGGGCAUUAGUCCUGUCGGGGGGGAAGGGAAAAUCAAAGUGAAAGCAACCCUUUAAGCUCUUUUUAGCAGUGUGCUCAGACACAGAGAAGGGGGCUGGAUGGCCAAAAGUCAAUCAUGCUCUCUGGUGGAAUAUUUAAAAACAAAAAAAGAGGAAGCCCCACCCCCGGGAAAGCUCCAAAACAAGCAGCAAGCUAAAUAUAUCCACAAUAGCCUAAUAGAACAAUGACACGAAGAAAGAAGCCAAAAUCUGCUUACUGUGAGCGGGCUUGGCAACAGGAGGUGAGGCUUGGGGGAGGGCAUCCAGCUUUGUGGGAGUUGGGCAGAUAGGGAGCAGCUCCCUAUACAGGGACUCCUCCCCCCACUACUGGCCCCAUUGCUCCUCAGCCGCAGGGAGAUGGGUUACUAUAGGGCAAGCUCCUCUCUCUGUCUACCCAACACCCAGUGUAUCUGGACCCCCUGCCAAGCCUCACCCACUCUGCACCUGGAAACUCCUCCUGCAUCAGGAGCCCACCCACUCCCCCAGAGCCUCAGCCCCUGCAUCAAGAGCUCUGCACAGCUAAAUCCCCACCCCACUGAUCUCAACCAGCUGCAUCCUGACCCACACACCACCAUGCCCCACUCCCCCAGCACCCAGAUUCCCCUCUCCCACUGAGCCCUAACCACCUUUACCUAGACUCCCCUGGAGAGUGCUAUUCCCCCUGCACCCAGAACCCCCCAGUGACUUGCUGCGUAUCCAGAUCCUCCCCCUUCUUCCCCCCACCAAGCUGCCCGCACCGAGAUUGCACCACACAGAGCCUUGGGGGGAAUUCUGCACCAAAAAUUAAAAACAUUCUGCAUAUUUUAUUUGUUAAAAUAACUAUUGCAGGGGGAAUUGUGCACCACUGCGCGUGUGCAGAAACAUUCCCACGCAGCUUCUCUUUGCUUUGCUGCAGAAAAAUGGUUUUUGUGGGGAAGCAAAAAGCCACUGCACCAGGGCUUACUCACCCCUCCCCAGCAAUGUAGGUGCCUCUGUUCAGGCAGCUGGGGGAGAGUGGUUUGGGGAUGCCCUGGCUGCCCAGGGGCGUUAGUCCUGGGUGGGUAGGGAAGAGGAGGACGAUGACAACAGAGUCAGAGCUCCCCCUUCCUCUCCCCUGCACGAAGCAGCCAGAGCUGGGUCAGAAACCUCCCCCAGCAGCAGGAAGCCCUGCACUGUGGGGGGAGGAGGUGUCUGGGUGCAGGGGGUGAGGCUCAGUGUGUUGGCAGUUCUGGGUGCAAGGGGGAGAGACUCGGGGGGGGGGGUGUUUGGGUGCAGGAGGGUCCAGACAUAGACGCUGACUUUUAUCUGCCCUCAAUCUGCCUCUUUCUGCCCCACUCCAUCCCGUCCCCAAGGCCCCCACCCACCCAGCGCUCACUGCACUCCCUGAGCCACCAAUCAGCGGUGUGGCAGCGCUGCCAAUCUAGCGGGUGCUCCACAGAAUCGGUGCCUAUGCAUCAGUAUACACAAGUGCUGGGAGAAUGGGGAGCAGCUCCCUGGACAGUGACCCCCUCCCCCCACUUCCUGGCCCCAUUGCUCCUCAGCCAUGGGGAGGGAUCACUGUCCAGCGAGAGAGAGAGAGAGAGACUAGAUGGCCUGGGCAGACCUUUCCUGCGUGCUCUGGGGACAGUUGAGGGGAGAGGCUGUUUUGUUGAUGGUCAGUAAUGAAAGCUGCUGUGAAUCCAA